ACGGCCUCCUCCUUCUUCUUCUUCUUCUUCCUCACCGCCAUCAACGCUCAUCUCCGACGAACAGGUCGUGCAUAUAAAUUGCACGAGCAAAGCAUGUGAAUUCUCAAAGAAUUUUAGGCGAAUAAAAAGGGUUUUUGCUCUGGGAAAUCUCAUCUCCGACCGUCGCAAUGGAAGUCCGUCAAAACCCGACGGCGGACAACUCGUCGGUGCCCGGUCGCCGGCAGUCGCCGAAACAGGCCAAGCCCUCGCCUGUUCCCGUCGAUUCGACCUCCGUCACUCAGAGGCUCCAAAAGGAACUGAUGGCUCUGAUGAUGAGUGGAGGAGAUCUUGGAGUAUCAGCAUUUCCGGAAGGUGAAAGCAUUUUCGCAUGGAUAGGAACGAUUGAGGGUGCAAAAGGUACGGUGUAUGAGGGUCUCUCUUACAAGCUUUCCUUGCGGUUCCCAUUGGAAUAUCCAUUCAAGCCACCGCAAGUCAAGUUUGAGACUCUCUGUUUCCAUCCGAAUGUCGAUCAGUUUGGCAAUAUAUGUCUUGACAUCCUUCAGGAUAAGUGGUCAUCAGCAUAUGACUGCAGAACCAUUCUUUUGUCCAUUCAAAGUCUGCUGGGAGAGCCCAAUCUUGAGAGUCCUCUCAACAGCUGUGCUGCAGCUUUGUGGAACAAUAAAGAAGAUUAUGGAAAGAUGGUCCAUAGACAAAGUUUUGCUGGAGAGCUUUUUGAAGAGUGAUCCGUCAGGCACUUGUACUUCUAUAGUCCCAUGGGAUACACUGCAUUGCCAAGUUCUCUCUAGAAUUCGAGAAAAAGAGCUUGGCACUGAUCUAGAUUUGUAUAGUCUCUUUUUGAUGAUAAUGGAAUAUCGUCUCUGUAAGAUGGAUUUGUUAGUCAUGACAGACCA